UUUUAGCGAUCAAUGCACGUACAAAAUGGAUGUCAGCUUUUAUGCUAUUUUAUGUUGCCUUGUUCUUGUCGGAGAGGGUCGUGCGCUACCCAAUUCAUGUGGAACACUUACCGUUAUGAAGCCAGCGUUUAUGAAUAGAAACGUCACCUUGAAAUUUGUUGCUCAACAUCGAUGGAUUUCAAACAUUGUCUGGAAGUAUGCUUUGGAGGAUGGCGCCGGGUUACAAACGUUACAUGGCUUAGACGAACGAUCAACUUUUCACGAUGGGGUCUACUAUGAUACUAUGUCAUUCGUCGCCAAUAGACGUUGGAAUAAUUCGAAAGUUCAUGUUCGAUGCAACCAUAAGAAUGAAAUAUCAAACACUGUAAAACUACACUUACAAGAAAUCCGUCCAAUUUGUGGCAAUCUGGUGCUGCUAUCCCCUGAAAUAAAAUAUGGAAAAAAUGUUGAAAUCGCUUAUUACCCUUCUGAUACAGUGGUCAAAGAGAACAAUUUGUAUCAUAAACGUACGUUGCUGAAUGGUCUUUUACAGCCCGUGCAUUUUCAAAAUGACACUUACAAUGAGAGAAAAAUGUCUGAUUAUUUGUACAUUCUAAAGAUAUACAAUUUCAUGGAGAGCAAAGCUCGACGAUACGGUUUGAACUGUGGUAAAUCAAUUGUAUCAAUCACAAACUGGUUACACAUACAUGCAACAGAUAAGCAGCUAAUUGGGCCCAAAAGGGGUGGAUGUGUUUACGGCAAUUCAAACACUACCAUUUAUUGCAACACAAGUCGAACGACAGGAAAAGCUCAUGUGACCCUUUCCAUUGGGAGUGAAGAAGUUUUAAUGACAGAAGACGAAAGUCAGACCGGUGUAUAUGCGGUUAAACUGGACGUAAACACUUGGAGGGACCAUGACGGUGAGGUUGUAACUUGCAAGGUCUCUAACGAUCAUUAUAAACACGACCAGAAAAGUUCAGCUAAAUUAUUUUACAUGGAGAAAGGUUCGGAUCCUAUUUUGAACAUGCCAGAAUACAUCCACGAUGAAAAUACGACAGUCAGUUGCGAAGUGUCUAAUGCACGACCACCUGCGUCGAUUGAAAUAUUGGUAGACAACCAAGCCAUCAGUGAAGCUGUUAAAACAGAUGUAUUAGACGAAGCGUCAAAAACAUUCGCUAGUAAAGCUUCGAUAUUGAAGAUAGACAAGAAUUGGAAUGGAAAGGAAAUAUGUUGUCGUAAAAAAUCUGUAUUUAACGGACUUUUAGAAGCCACCUGUAAGACAUUAAACAUAAAGUUGCUUACUCAACCCUUGACCUUUUCCCUCGAUGAAGUACAGAAUAGUACACCGUAUUUUGAUUCCACUACAGGCGAAACCGAUCUAAAAGGUAGUUCAAUGAAUAAAAUACGUGCAAAUGGUUUAUGUAACGGGACGAAAUGCGAGUCAAGUACAAAUAUAGCGACAAAAGGCGGGAUAAAGAAAGACAAAACAACAAAUUCUAGGGAAAAUGGAACUAAAUUCCGCCAAGAAUAUACGUCUGCUGCAAGCGACAACAGUACACGGUCGUUCAAGUUUUCAUUGGAGCCAAUUUUGAUAGGAACAGGAGCAUUUGUUGUUCUCUGUAUUUUCGUUGCGUCAGCAAGAACACUGGUACGGUGGCUUAAAGGGAGAAGCAGAACCAGUGAUCCGGGCAAAGCAGAAGUACCAUCAGCGAUCGAAGCUACCCACACUCAUGAUACAAAUGAGUAUGUGGAUAUGCCUGAGGGAUCAAUGCAUAUGAAUGCCGCUCACGAUUUCGAAGACAAUUAUGUCGAAUUGAAGAUACGGGAAGACUCAAUGAUGGCCCGGAAGCCAAUCACAGCUAUGAAGUCAAAGCAUGCGAAAAGCAGUCUGAUUUACGCGGAUCUGGACAUUAACCAUCUACAGAAAGCCUGUGUCGGUCCGAUACCUGAACCACGCCCAAACAGACAAAAAGAAGCAACGGUGUAUCAAGAUAUAAACUUUUCUAACACAAGCCCUGUGGUGCCUCACUAAAAAUAAUAAGAUACGUGUAGAAACGCGUAGAUUGUGUCAUGAAACAGGAUGACAACAUUGCUUAUGUGUAACUCGUGUAGAUUGUGUUAUGACUGUUGCAAAAUAGGAUGACUUUAUAGCUUAUAUGUAUAUGGCGUAGAUUGUGUUAUGACUGUUGCAAAACAGGAAAACUUCAUGAUUUAUAUGUAAAUCAGGUAGAUUGUCUUAUGAAUUAAGCAAAACAAGAUGGCAACAUUGAUUAUGUGUUAAUCGCGUAAAUUGUAAAAUGACUAAUGCAAAAACCGGUGGACUGCAUUGCUUAUAUGUGAACCGUAUAUAAUAUGUAAUGAUUUUUAUAAAUAACAAAAACACACACCAUUUGUAUGUAAACCGCUUAUAUUGUGUAAUGACUGUUGUAAGCAGGAGGAUCGCACUACUUAUAUGUAAACCGCUUAUAUUGUGUAAUGACUCUUUUGCAAGCAGGAGGACCGCACUACUUAUAUGUAAAUCGCUUAUAUUGUGUAAUGAUUCUUUUGCAAGCAGGAGGACCACACUACUUAUAUGUAAAUCGCAUAGAUUGUGUAAUGACUGUUGCAAGCAGGAGGAUCGCACUUCUUAUAUGUAAAUCGCUUAUUUUGUGUAAUGACUCUUUUGCAAGCAGGAGGAUCGCACUACUUAUAUGUAAACCGCUUAUAUUGUGUAAUGACUCUUUUGCAAGCAGGAGGACUGCACUACUUAUAUGUAAACCGCUUAUAUUGUGUAAUAACUCUGUUGCAAGCAGGAGGAUCGCACUACUUAUAUGUAAAUCGCUUAUAUUGUGAAAUGACUGUUGCAAGUAGGAGGAUCGCUCUAUUUAUAUGUAAAUCGCUUAAAUUGUGUAAUGACUCUGUUGCAAGCAUGAGGAUCGCACUACUUAUAUGUAAACCGCUUA